AUGUUCGAAAACAUCAGGAACAUCUUCGCGAUUCCGGAUCUGCGCCGGCGCGUGCUAUUCACGCUCGCCAUCCUCGCGGUCUAUCGCGUCGGGAGUCACAUUCCGACGCCGGGCGUGAAUACCGAGGCGCUCGCGCUGCUCGCGGAACAGGCGGCGGGAACGAUGUUCGGCCUGUACGACAUGUUCUCCGGCGGCAACCUGUCGCAGGUCACGAUAUUCGCGCUGGGCAUCAUGCCCUACAUCAGCGCGUCCAUCAUUCUCCAGUUGCUCACGGUUGUCUGGCCGUAUCUGGAACGGCUCUCCAAGGAGGGCGAGCUGGGGCGGCGCAAGAUCACCCAGUACACGCGCUACGGCACCAUCCUGCUGUGCGUAGUGCAGGCGAUGGCCAUCGCGAUCUUCCUCGAGCGCCAGACGAACAUCGCCGGCGGCCUGCCGCUCGUCUACGAGCCGGGCUGGGCUUUCCGCUUCAUGACGGUCCUGACGCUGACAACCGGCACCGGGUUCAUCAUGUGGCUGGGCGAGCAGAUCACGGAACGGGGCGUCGGCAACGGGAUGUCGCUGAUCAUCUUCGCCGGCAUCGUUGUCGGCCUGCCGACCGCCGUGCUGACGACGCUCGACCAGAUGCGGACCGGGCAGAUGGGCCUCAUCCGUGUCCUGCUCCUGCUGACGGUGAUGAUCCUCCGUGGGGGCGGUCGUGUUCAUCGAGCGCGGGCACCGGCGCGUCACGUGCAGUACGCAAGGGAUGGUGGGCGGCGCAGUGUACGGCGGCGCAGCAGCACGCACAUUCCGUUGAAGGUUAAUACGGCGGUGUGA